UGUCCUGUAUACAUGUAGUGCCUAGGCCUAGUGAGUACUAGAGGGACGGCGGUUGUCGGCACUUGGUUGAAGACCAACGCUGAUACCAACGUAAUGUUGCGUUGUGCUUGUGAAAGUGUUUCGUUUGCUGGAAAAGAGGGUUUACCCUCGGCUCGCUUGGUGCUCGUAGGCUGCAUCUGGGGAGACGCUAGUCGGCCAGUGACAGCUGGUGAAGAAUGUCGGAUCACGGCAUAGGUGGAUUUCCGAACGGUGCCGGCUGUGUCGGAUGCGGCGACAGAAUACCAAAGUUAUGUGUGUCUCGGAUGUACUAUUUCCUGACGUUCGCCAUGCUGGGGACGUUCUGGAUGCUCUUGGCGACCUUCGCGCGCUAUCUUGGACUGACGGCGACGCAGGCGGGCAUCAUAUCGGGUGCGCGCCCGCUCGUGGCCGGUGUGGCAGUGGCGGUGUGGACGCACAUCGCCGACCGAUUCCAGCGUCUGAAAAAGCCAAUUCUGCUGCUGGGAGUGACGUCGCACCUGCUGCUGAGCGUGGCGAUCGUUUUCUUCAAGCCAGAGUUUAGUUUAGAUUGUAAACCUGAUCACAACCGUACGGACAGUACUAGUGGAUUGCAAGCACAGUUUUUACAUCCUUACUCAGACACUGUACCCAGUGCAAGUACGCACACAAGCACAAGCAGCAGCAGCUCCACGCACAGUAUGACCGCUGGGUUUGGUUCGCAGAUUGUUAACUACACGGUGCCGUCGGCAAACUCCACAGCAAACUCCACAGACGUGGUGGGUUGCAGGGACGUGCUCGCGGCCCAACCCACGUCCGUCAAGUACGGAGCACUGAGGCUGACGCUGUCGCAGACGUUUGCCGUGCUGCUGUCGCUGGUGCUGCUCAACGAGUGCCUGGGCGCAGGCAUCACCAGCAUGGCCGAUGUCGCUACGUACGCGCACCUGGGCAGGGAGAACUACGUCCAGUUCGGCUGGAUUCGCGUGUUCGGAGCGGCCGGCUGGGCACUGGGCAUUUUCUCGUUGACUAUGGCUGCCGAGUACUUCAACGCUUCGUCCUCUUCAUCGUCGUCGUUGUCAUCGUACGAUGUUGAUGACAACCCACGCGUACACCUCUCCGGUAACUACCAGCUGGUGUUCUCCAUUCUGGCCGUUAUCCUGUGUCUGAGCUUCGUCACCGGCGCACUGUUUGAGUUCACGGAGCAUGCGAGCAGCCUGGCGCGUACGGCGCUGCGCAAGACACUGCAGCAGGUGCUGACGCCACGCAUGGUCCUCCUCUCUGUCGUGAUCGUGCACUCGGGCGCUGCCAUCGGCGUCGGCCUCUCCUUCCUGUUCUGGCGCAUCCAGGACAUCGGCGGGCGGCAGUCGGUCAUGGGCGUUGCCUCGCUCAUAUCUGCCGCCAGUGACGUGCCCGCGUUUAUCCUUGCACCAGCCGCCAUCCGCCGCCUCACUGCCGAGAAGGUUCUGCUGAUCGGCAUUGUGUGCCAGGUCGUGUACUUUGGCGGUGUGGGUCUUGUCACGCAGCCAUGGCAGGUGCUGGUAUUUCAGCCGGUGAUGGGCGGCAUGCAUGGCUUACUGUGGGCCAGCGUGCAGGCUAUAUUCGUACCACUCAGCAGCCCCGGCACGGAGUCGCUCAUGAUCGGUCUCCUGCACACUCUCAUGUACGGACUGGGCUAUGCGCUGGGGAAUUUCGUCGGCGGCGCGCUGAUUGAUGGGGUCGGUAGCCAGUGGACGUUUCUUGCCGUUUGCUUUUCCUCCGUUGCCAUAUUCCUUCUUCAACUUGCGUCCAUUUGCUAUUUCGGCGAUGUUCCAUCACCGAGCGCCGACGGAUUUCAUCGCCUGGGGAAGUCCCCUGUGAAUUUUCAUCCACUCGCCGGAACAGACGAGGGAGAUGGAGGAGAAGAGAGCGAGGAAGUGUAUGAGUCGACGUUCUCGGCCAAGUCUGCAGCCUAUCCCUAAUGCCCCUGGGUGUACUAAUAGCACUGCUGCUCUAGAAAAGCUAUCAUGUUGUAUCCGUUGUUGACGUUGAAGCUAGCACCGCAGUGUCCUCUUGUGAAGAUGGCGUUUGAUAGUCUCAUGAACGGGUACCAGAUCUCCAGCAACUCAUCCACCGUUUACUCAGUCUCAAGAUUCUAAUGCUCACACCGGAUAAUCAUUUUGAUCUCUGGCGUAUCCCGCUGAAUUAUUUUGCUGUUAAUUUAUGUUACCGACUGCGUUGAGUUUUGAACUAGGCCGCUUUGGAAAAUUUCUCGAAUUUCGAUUGCUUUUCAUGCAGCCAUGUUCCGUAAUUUUUUCAAUUUUAAUCCUUGAAGAGUAAGGUCUGCUCUGCAAUAGCUAUUGCAUUUGAAAACUUCUCUAGCACCUUACCUAGAUGUGAAUUCGGCGAGACAUUCAA